GAUGUUCCAGAUGAUUCUCCUGGGAAUGCACUGCUGCCCAUCGACAUCUGAAGGGCGAUAGAUAGAAGAAAUAAAACCAGGAAAAAAAUUUUUUUUGUUUUAAAAAGGAAACUUAAGCACCCUAAAUUUUGUCUUUCAUUUUAAUACACAGUGACCAUGUGGUUCUAUCUGGCAUUGGCGAUUUUGCUGUACUUUGUGAUACGAUACUAUCGGGAAAGACAGGAGGUGGAGAACCUGACGGAGAAAUAUGUCUUCAUCACUGGCUGUGACUCUGGCUUUGGGAACCAGCUGGCCAAGCAGCUGGAUGCCCGGGGUCUGCGGGUGUUGGCCGCGUGUCUCACCCAGAAGGGAGCAGAGCAACUGGAGAAACUCACAUCGGACCGGUUAAAAACCACCCUGCUGGAUGUCACCAGCACUGAGAGUGUUGCGGCAGCAACUGAGUGGGUGAAAACAUGCGUGGGGAACAAAGGACUCUGGGGCUUGGUAAAUAAUGCUGGAAUUGUGCACCCUGUAUCCCCCAGUGAAUGGCUGACCAAAGAGGACUAUGUGAACGUGCUGAAUGUCAAUCUAAUUGGGCUGAUUGAUGUGACACUCCAUAUGUUGCCCUUGGUGAAGAAGGCCAGGGGAAGAGUGGUCAACAUGUCCAGCAUCAUGGGUCGACUGAGUACCUUUGGAGGUGGCUACUGUCCCUCAAAGUAUGGAGUAGAGUCUUUCUCUGACAGCAUCAGGCGUGAGAUCCACCCAUUUGGGGUGAAAGUAGCCAUCAUCGAGCCGGGCUAUUUUCGCACAUCCAUGACCAAUAUCCAAAACAACCUUGAGAGCUUGGAGCAGCAAUGGAUCAAAGCCCCUGAAGAAGUCAGGGAAAGCUACGGCCAGCCUUAUUUUGACAAGCUUUACAAGCUAUUCAAAGGCACUCUUACAACUUGUUGCUGCACAGACCUCUACAUGGUGACUGACUGCAUGGAACAUGCUUUGAUAUCCAAGCACCCCCGUACGCGCUAUUCUGCUGGUUGGGAUUCUCAGUUCUUCUUCAUUCCUCUCUCUUACUUGCCGACCUCCAUGAUGGAUUUUGUGUUGACUCGAACUUGGCCUAAACCCGCUCAGGCUCUGUAAAAGGAGUGGGGUGGAAAAGUUGGGAGGAAGGUGGUCUAUGAAUAGAAGUUCCAGCUACCACAUUUUGCCACUACACAUGCAGUUAAAAGUAUGUUGAUGCCAAUUAUUGCCCAUUGUAAGAACACUUCCAAACCAAGGGCACUUAGUCCUUCCAAUCCAGUGACAUUGAGGUCUGUCACAUCAGCAGUCUUCCUACUGACCAAUCAUUCACAAGACCCCUGUCUUCACCAUCUGCAGAUCUCCAAUACUUUAAGCAUAGCGGCAUCCAUAGAUGUGCAUGUUUGAUCCGGAGCCUGCAGAAAUAUCUUCAGCCAAUUGUAGCUCUCACUUUCUCCAUCAAAAUUAGCAAAGAUCAGAGGAUGCUAGCUAAUCAGUGUUUGCAGUUCCUGUUUUAAAGCUAUUCAGUCACUGAGGACCUGCCCCUGAACUUCUAGUGGUCCAUGAUUUAACAAAUAUGUCUCUCCCCUUCCCUCACAAAAAUAGCAAAUAACAUUUCUAGUAUCUUCCCUUACACACAAAUGCUGUCCAUACAUUUCUCCAGAUGUAUUUGUGUAAACUUAUAUCGUUUGCAGAACAUACAUUCUGAUAGCUUGAUAUCAGGAUGGCUGCAAGGGAAGAUAAGUAGUUAAAAGAAUUAACAAAUAUAUUGAAAAGCCUCAAAAGUUUUCAGUUUAUCAUGAUGAUAACAGAACAAACCACAUAAAGGCAGACUUUUAGCAAACCCUGUGACAGUAGCAUGGCAGCAAACCUGAACUUGAAUACUUUUCCCAAUAGCAAGGAUAAUGGGAGCAUGUUACUAAAUUGGGUGGAUUGAGUGGGAACGUGUAACAUAUGCGGUAUUAAACAGGAGAUGGAAGAUGGGAUGGUGUGAUGCAUUCCCUCCAAUCAGAAGAAAAAUGCCUAUAAUUCCAGAAAACUGUAACUCUUUGCUGUCAUUUUUGGAGAUCUGUAAACCACCCACAGACAGACAUGAUUGGAGGAGCAUAUAAGCCUAGUCAGUGAAUGAAUAAAUAAAUAUAUCCAGAUUUUGUAGGCCAGAUCUGGUAGUUCUGACCAU